AUGAUAAACAAGAAAUUUCACGAUGUACCAAUCAAGGAGUAUUUGACAGAUUUGGUAUCUAAAAAAGUUGAUGUUGAACCAAAUAAUCCAGCAUUUCGAUGCUUCAACAAUAAAUUUCAUGUUUAUCUUGCUGCAAAAUUUAUGUUUAUGCUUAAUAUGAGCUGCUGGAUGAUCAUAAUUGGAAUUCUGUUUCCAUGGAGUAUACUGAUCAUUUGGAUAGCACUAUUGUAUUUUUUAUUAACAGCAUAUGCUCUUCGACAAAAACAAGCCUCCUGCUUAUGGCCAGCUAUUAUUCAUUCGAUCUUAGCAAUAUUAAUCUGGUCAUCUGCAACAAUUGUCAUGUUUACAACAGCAUUAUUUAGUACUCAGACAUUUCUGGAUACAUUCGGACAAGGCCAUCAACAACAAUUCAUUGUACGAUUCUUGAUAGUCUUAGUGCUCAAGACUGUAAUAAUAAUUGCUGGUGUUUAUCUCAUUUAUCAAUUUUUCGUAUUCAAUCGAUGUCGUAAAUAUUUCGAUCAUAUACGAAAUGCUGACAUUCCAAGAGCUGCUCAGGAAGAAGCAACCGAAUUGGAAGUGAUUCAGGAGAAAUCGUAA